AAAGGAGCGUUGGGACGAGCUCCGUUGUCCAGGGAGGCCGAGGGCGAUGAAGGAAGGAAGAGGGCGGGGGACUCGGUAGUCGGCGAGCGAGGCGGGGCUUCGAUCGAUCACGCUUCGGCUCUGGCUCCUACCUCGGAUCUCUACCCCGCCUCCUUUCCUUAUUAUUCUCCACGCCCUUCAUCCCUCCCUCCCUGUGCCGUUGCCUCACUAGGAUUUGUCAGCCUAGGGGUACGAAGUCCCAUUUGGAAUGCCAAUGUUCCUCAUGCGUUCUCCACUUCGGGUCGAUUUGACUCGCUAUCCGCUCUUGCUGGUGGAGAUGGCGGGUUGCGGAGAGUAGUUUGGUUGUGAGUAUUUGUUUGGAGGAGAGGGGAGGAUUGAAGGUGGAGAUUCUGUGUGGAGAGAAGCAGAGGAGAAUUUCGGAGUACUCUGUUGGCAGUUGGUAGAGUCUGGGGAGCGUGGGGGUAGUAUAAGCAGACUGAGCGUAGAAGUGCAAAGAAAGCUUGGGAGUACGGUUGGCGGGGCGCUAUGUGCUAAUAGAUGAAACAUACAUUUUAAAUCCCUGACUAGGAGGGGUGGAGAGAGAGAGAGAGAGAGAGAGAGAGAUGGAGAGUUGUGGAGACAUUCCAAUAUGUUCUUGUUUGUUUCUGAAUUCGGGGAAUAGGAAAGAAUGAGCGAAUUUUUAUUUUUUGUUUUUUAUUAUUUUUUGUUGGCGUGAGGAAAUUGGAGCUUUGAACUAAUCUUGCGAUUGCCGAGUGGAAUUUUUAGUUUCGUUAACGGUAGAGGUUUAAGUUAAAAGUUGCAAGAAAUUUCUUACGGUUAAAUCUAGAGAGUGACUUGUCGAGUUGGAUUGAAGUGUGUGCACGUCGGUUCAUCAUACUAAGAUGAUUGCCGCGGCCGUCUUUUGACGCACCUGCCGGUGGAUUGGUACCAUUUGCUGGGACAGUCGAGGUUAGCGACAAUGACGGACCUACCGUGUGAUGCAGACGGAAAAUGCAUGGUAUGCAAAAUCGUGCCACCUGACAGCGAUGCGAUAAUGUGCGGUAGUUGUGCUAGUCCGUGGCAUAUGCGAUGUCUGAAUCCUCCCAUGGAAUUUGUGCCUCUUGGCGACUGGGAUUGUCCUGACUGUUCGCUUCCACCCACUAUCGCCACACCUUCGGCAGUCGUUAACUCCGUACCCGAGGCCUGUUUAGUGAACAAGAUUCGUGCGAUUCAAGCUGACUCAACUCUCUCUGAAGCUGAGAAAGCAAAAAGACGGCAGGAGCUCAUGAGCAAAGGGUUGAACGAUGAAAGUUCUGCCAAGUUGUCUUCCUUGAAUGUUGAUAAGAAAAGUGCUGACGGGAAAAAGCGGAACGCGACGUUAGAAAUGAUGGAUAAUAGCCUGAAUUGUAUUUUCUGCAUGCAGCUUGCUGAAAGACCAGUAACUACACCUUGUGGUCACAAUUUUUGCUUAAAAUGCUUUCAGAGAUGGGUCGGGCAAGGUAAAAAGACGUGCGGAAAAUGUCGAAGUGCGAUUCCUGCUAAAAUGGCAAGCAAUCCUCGCAUUAAUUCUGCUUUAGUUAUGGCCAUUCGUAUGGCCAGGUCAGUCGGAAAUAGUAAUGGCGGUCCACCAAAAACUUACACAUACCGUGAUAACGACAGCAGACCAGACAAGUGCUUUACGACCAGCCGAGCGGUAAAGACUGGGAAAGCUAACGCUUGCAGUGGUAAAAUAUUCGUCACUAUUGCACCUGAUCAUUUUGGGCCUAUCACAGCUGAACAUGACCCUACUCGAGGUCAAGGAGUUUUAGUCGGGGAAUGCUGGGAGGAUCGCAUGGAGUGCAGGCAGUGGGGUGCACAUCUACCUCAUGUUGCCGGCAUUGCGGGGCAGUCUGAUUAUGGGUCGCAGUCUGUUGCACUUUCUGGCGGUUACGAAGAUGACGAAGAUCACGGCGAGUGGUUCUUGUAUACAGGCAGCGGUGGGAGGGAUUUGAGUGGGAACAAGCGCACCAAUAAAGAACAAUCGUUUGAUCAGAAAUUCGACAAGAUGAACGAAGCAUUACGAGUUAGUUGCAAACAUGGUUUCCCUGUACGCGUUGUGAGGUCUCAUAAAGAGAAAAGGUCCGCUUAUGCUCCAGAUGCAGGUGUAAGAUACGAUGGUGUGUACAGGAUCGAGAAGUGCUGGCGUAAAAAGGGAAUUCAGGGUCACAAGGUGUGUCGUUAUCUGUUUGUCCGCUGUGACAACGAGCCCGCACCUUGGACAAGUGAUGAGCAUGGAGAUCGUCCCAGGCCUCUUCCUGUCGUUGAAGAGCUAAGAUCGGCAACUGAUGUCUUUGAAAGAAAAUCGUCACCUGCCUGGGCUUAUACGGAAGGGGUAGGAUGGGGAUGGUCCCGGGAACCUCCGGCAAGCAAGAAGACCUCGGGCAGUGGACCAAGCGAGGCAACCCAGAAACGGAAACAGCUCAGUGUUCAGCAACGGCUACUAAAAGAAUUCGGUUGCAAUGCUUGUCGGAAAGUACUCAAUCAGCCAGUCUCCGUGCCUUGUGGGCACAAUUUUUGCAAGGGGUGCUUGGAUUCUGUGUUUGCUGGUCAGGAUACUUCGCGAGAGCGAAAGGGUGUUUCAGGUCGCAGUCUUAGAACGCAGAAAAUAGUUAAGCGUUGUCCCAAUUGUAAGGCAGAUAUUACUGACUUCCUCGUUUCGCCCCAGAUCAAUAGGCAGAUGGAAGAGAUAAUACUGACCCUCCAGAGUAGUGCGAAGGAUGAGCAAGGAAACGAUGCAGUUGAGGAUGACGAUGGAGGUGAAGGUUCCAUACCAGAGGAUGAUGACUCAACAGAAGCUGAGGCGCAAGAGGAAACGAAAACAGCUACAGUGGAAUUGGCCUUGCCCAUCGUUGCCAAUGUUGAAGAGUGUCACUCUGAACCCAAGGUGUUUACACCUGAGCAUCCUUCAGUUCCUUCGAAUGACACACCUGAAAACAUUGCGGAAUCAAACGACACCGGAGAUCCUGCCCUGUCUGCACUUUGUCAGGCUUUUCCUGAUUAUUCUGAAGAUCUACUCCGUGGUAUGCUGGCUGAUCAGGGUGGUGAUGUCAUGGAGUUGAAGACAGUACUUCUUGCGCUUCAGAAACAACAGAACCAAGUACAAUCUCGACAGCGAGGUAGGAUUAAGAAGGGCUGUUCUUCUGGAAGUGAAAUAUUAUCAAAUGGAGGCAACAGUGUCGCGAAAGAUCUACUCGAAGAGGCAAAUGUCGACGGAAGUGCUCACAGCAGCAGCGAUCAAGUUGAGAAUGACGUGCUGAAUGGUAAUGGGCUUAAUACUGGAGAUUCUACGCAGGCGGAGAAGGCCAACAUUCCUCCGAAGAGACAACGGGAAAAUGAAACCAAGUCAAAUAGCCGCAAAAAGAAUCGUCCUCCUCUGGUUGAAUUGCCACGUAGAAUCUCUCGAAGCCGUGGAUGCAAGGAGACCAAAGUCAGUCAUGUAGAUCUAACUUCAGAUGGUGAUUUUCAAUAGAUUGCUAAUUAAUGUAGUAAUUUUGCAUUAUGGUGUUGUCUACAACAGGGCUGUUGUGUGCCAAAAGUGGCGCACUUCCCUUCUUGAAUACGAGAACUAAGUUCCUUUCAUGGCCCUAUUAAUUGGAAGUUCUACCCGUUCUCAUUAAUGGGCCUCUGGCUUUAUGAACCUACGCAGUUCCCUAAACCAGUUCGUAUGUACCAGCCGUCUGCAGGUAAUGUAAUCCACUGAAACAGAUGAGGAAAGAUUCAGAAUUUUAAUCA